UGUAUGUGUGUGUGUGUGUUUUGACCAGCUGAAAAUGGCGGCUUGGAGCGUCGAAUCCAUCUAACUUUAUCGCACAAUAAUAAACAUAACCAUAUACAGAGCUCUUAGCACAUAACAUGGGGAGAAACUUUACUGAGCGGCCUUAGACCUUUUAGGUGGACAACAUUGCUUUGACCACUACGGCUAAACGGAUUUAAAACGCAGAGAGGUUAUGGAGGACUCGCAUACACGGUACAGUAAACGCCUGCGUACAGGUACACGGCGCCGGUACCAGGACGAUGGAAUCUCAGAUGAUGAAAUCGAAGGGAAGAGAAUGUUUGACCUGGAUGAAAAGUUGCAGUGUAGUAGAUUUGGAUCUGACUUGGUCAAACACAUGGAGGGUAAAGAGUUCACAUUUGAAUACAUCCAGAGGGAAGGGCUCAGAGACCCCAUUAUCUUUGAGACAACUGAUGGACUUGGCAUUCAAAUGCCAGACCCUGAUUUCAGUGUGAGUGAUGUCAAGUUGUUUGUUGGCAGUCGACGCAUUGUGGAUGUGAUGGAUGUGAACACGCAGAAAGGAAUCGAGAUGUCGAUGGCUCAGUGGCGACGCUACUAUGAGACACCAGCAUCAGAAAGAGAAAAACUCUACAAUGUCAUCAGCCUGGAGUUUAGCCACACCAAGCUAGAGAACCUAGUCAAACGGCCGGCUUCAGUGGACCUUAUUGAUUGGGUGGACAACAUGUGGCCCCGUCAUCUCAAGGAGAGACAGAGAGACUCUACUAAUGCCAUCAUAGACAUGCAUUAUCCCAAAGUACAGAAGUACUGUCUCAUGAGUGUGCAGGGCUGCUUCACAGAUUUCCACAUUGACUUUGGAGGCACUUCAGUCUGGUACCAUGUCCUUCGAGGAGGAAAGGUGUUCUGGUUAAUUCCACCUACACCACAGAACCUGGAAAUGUAUGAGAACUGGGUUUUAUCAGGAAAACAGGGAGAUAUCUUCUUGGGGGACAAGUGCCAUGACUGUCAGAGGAUAGAGCUCAAGCAGUCCAACACCUUCAUAAUCCCAUCAGGGUGGAUCCAUGCUGUGUACACACCAGAGGACACGUUGGUGUUUGGGGGGAAUUUCCUCCACAGCUUUAACAUCCCCAUGCAACUCAACAUCUACAGCAUUGAGGAUCGGACACGGGUGCCAGCAAAGUUCCGCUACCCAUUCUACUAUGAGAUGUGCUGGUAUGUCCUGGAGAGAUAUCUUUACUGUCUGACCAACAUCUCCCACCUCACCCCUGAGUUCCAAAAAUACUCCCUUGGCAUAGGACUGACCCAAGCUGAUAUUGAAACCAGUGAUAACGCUGGGAAUGGUACCUCCAAUGGAGUUGAGAGUGACACUGAAAUUGUGGAGGUCAAGAUCAAGGAAGACACCCUCAAAGAAGAGGUAGCUGAAGUUACCAGGCCACAGUACAUGCUGACCCCCUUUGAGUUGGAGGGACUGUGGAACCUCUUAGGGAAGCUGGAGGAGCUGCCGCCCCAAAAGAAGUGUGUCCCUGCAGGCAUCAGGAAUGCAGCAGCCCUGCUUGAGGCCAUGAGGGCUGUUCUGACUCGGCAUGGAAAUGAUGACCCCAAGCUGUCAUACACUGGAGAGCCCAUUGUCAAGUGGCCCAAAAGGCCAUCAUGGUACCAGCCUCCUAUUCCCCCUCCCCCUGCACUUUACCGUCCUCGCUUGGGUCCCCCUCUCCACCGGAGGCCCACCAAACACUCCUCCAUCAAUGCUCUGAGGCGCAGACGGGUGAGGUGCAAACGCUGUGCCGCAUGCCGCAGGAAGGAGUGUGGCACUUGCCAAUACUGUCAUGAUAUGAGGAAGUUUGGUGGGCCUGGGCGAAUGAAGAAGAGCUGUGUCAUGAGACAGUGUUUAGCGCCUGCCUUGCCAAAUACAGCACGAUGUGCCAUAUGUGGAGAAGGUGAAUCAGAUGAAUCGAAUCCGAGCACAAAUCCACUCAUGGAGUGCUCUGUCUGCUCACAGAUUGCCCAUCGUCAGUGCAUUAAGGAUCCUGCUGAGGGAAAGAUCAAUAAAGAUUUGCCAAGCUGCUGGGAAUGUCCCAAAUGUUACCAGGGCAAAGAUACAGCAUCAGAGUCUUCCAGCGAUGAGGAAAGUGAGGAGUCGGAGGGCUCAUCCUCCUUGCCACCAUCCAAACUUGCAUACCGGGAAGGCAUUGGUGUAGGUGAAGGGAUGAGACGAGGGAGACGCAGUGAACUCCCGUCCCGACCCACAGCACCACCACCUUCUCAGAAACUGUUACUCCAGCAUCAAGAGAACCGCAAAAGAGCAAGUGCACUGGAGCUCAGACUCAAGAAGAGGAUAAAAUUGGAGCGCAGCAAAAUCUUAGUGAAACAUUCAUCUCUAGAUCGUUCUCCCAGGCUGCUGGGCUCCAGACUGUUGUCCCGGCUGCGCUCUCCAACCAAUAGACUAUCUCACAGCAGAGCCCGGGGCCCCACCUGGGCUAGUGGCUCCCCUUACCACAGCUCUCCAGGAGGGACUGGAUCCUUCCAACAGCAGCAGUCUUCCCUAGGUCUAGUACUUGUGCCCAAAGGAGAGCCCCGCAGAGGGAGGGGAAGAGGAGUGAGGCUGCGGGGAGGAGGAGCUGGAAGAGGAAUCGGAGGUGGUAGAGGCCAUGGAGAGUUGGAGGAGGAGAGUGAGGACAGCAGCAGCAGCAGCACCAACAGCAGCAGCAGCGAUGACGAUCAGGAAGAGGAGAGGGGGCAGAACAGUGAAAGGAGAGGAGAUAAAGAGAACCAGCCUGAGUCGAAGCGUGGAGGACAGGCAGCCAAAGAAAGAGAAGAGGAAGGGAGAGAAGAAGCCAACCAAAAUGGUGCAGAGGAGGAUGACGAAGAGGAGAUGGAGCAGGACUGUCAAAUGGGGGACAAGGAUGGCUCGCACCUUAAAGUGACACUCCAAAGGCCAGCUAGAGCCAAGCGUGACCCAUCAGCCAUUGUCCCCAAAUUAGAGGCUAUUGCCCCUCAAACUGCCACGUCCAUGAUACACAGCCAGACCAGAGUCCUUGCCAGACCCCCUAUUAGAAAUCAUAUCCCCUGUCCUGAUCAGCACUCCACUAGACACACCACACCACACGCUCGCAGUGGACACACAGACCUCUCCCUCUCAGAGAGGUUGGAGGCCUCUAAAAGAAUGAGACCAAACAGGCCAACUAAACUCAAUAAUGGCGCCUCCUCUUCUUCAUCCUCUGAGCUUCCCCAUCUCCGUAUCCCUCUGUCUGCCCUGCAGGAAGGAGGGAGCGAGUUGGACAGGGAGAGUGGUGGGAGUGGGCCUGGCUGUGAGAAGGAGGUGUGGGUGUCUGUCUUCCGCUACUUAAGUCGAGCAAAUCUCUGUGUCUGCAUGGCCGUCUGCAAGAAUUGGUACAAAUGGUGUUUAGACAAGCGGCUUUGGGCACGGAUUGACCUGAGUGUCAACCGCACCGUCACUCCCCAGGCUCUGACGGGCAUCAUAAAGAGACAGCCAGUCACACUCGACCUCUCUUGGACCAACAUCUCUAAAAAACAGCUAAACUGGCUUGUUGGCCGCCUGCCUGGGCUGAAAGAUCUGAUGCUGGCAGGUUGUUCCUGGAUAACUGUUUCAGCUCUCUGCUCCUCUGGUUGUCCUCUCCUUCGUUCUCUGGACCUGCGCUAUGCUGAUGGGGUCAAAGACUCUCAGAUCAGGGAUCUAGUUACCCCUCCAGGCUGUGACAAUCGCAGCCAGUUGCGGAGCAUGCAGUGUUUGCGACUAGCAGGCCUGGACAUCAGUGACUCCACUUUGCGCCUGGUGAUCCGCCACAUGCCCCAUUUAACAAAACUAGACCUCUCCCACUGCAACAGGCUCACCGACCACUCCAUCAACCUGCUGACUGCAGUAGGCUCAUCCACCCGGAACACACUCGCAGAACUCAACCUGGGAGGCUGCAGUAAACUGACAGACACUUGUCUAAAAUAUCUCCGGCGCCUUUCUUGUAUCUCACUGCUUGACCUGCGAGGCUGUAAAGGUGUCUCACGCAGCGCCUGUGAGGCCUUCAUCUCUGAGCUGUCAGUCAACAUGCUCUACUGCCUAUCAGAUGAAAAACUGAUCCAGAGGAUAUCAUAAGCACCUGCAAAUGGGAUUUCAGGUGCAAAAGCAGGGGAAGUGGAUCGUGAUGUGAAUCUGUGACACAAAGGACAGAUGGGCGAUGAGGUUCACGUUCACCUGUUUGUGGGGUCUACACUGUGAGGGUCGACUCCCUUAACUGGUGUUAGUGAAAAGGAUUGUUACAGCUAGAACAAUGUUUGUUUUUCAACACAUUUUUCCCAUGUACCUAAAGAGACUCAGGAGCUUUUUUUAAACUGUUUUUUGGGAAUUUAAUGUUGUGUGAAAAAGCAUGUCUUUUUUAUUACCAGGAGUGGGAGAAUAUGGGCUGUUAAUUAGCUGCAUUAGACUACACGUUGAUUGGAUAACCAACGCCAGUCGGGACUCCCAUCACAAACUCCUGCCAUGGGAAAGAGACAUUUGAGUUUCAUCCUUGAGCUAUAAGUGUAUUAUUCUGUUUGGGUCAUCCCUGUAAAGUCUUAAUUUAUGUGAUCCAUUUAAACUUGGUGGAUUUCAGCUACACUUCAGUGCUCCAAAUGGAUGGUUAUUUUGUGUCUGAUACUAGAGAGCAGAUAUUAAGGUGUGUGAUGACACAUGCUUUAUGCACAGAAGCUUUUUUAUUUUGGUUAUGUUGCGUUUUGGUUUGUUUUUUGGACUAAAGAUGGCAGGUUGUUCACGUCAUUGCAUAUAAAUUGAGUUCACGGGAUGGCCUAUGUUUACCAGUUGCUUAAUACAUUUGGGUGCAGUGGUAGUUCACUGGAGUACUUGAUGAGUAUAUAUGGACAGUGAGAGGAUGUGGUUGUAUAGUAGGGUAGGACUGUGAGAAGGCAAUCAGCAUGGCAACAAGACCUCACCCCAACAAAGAGCAGGUUGCAUCAAGUGUGUGGGGUAUGCCAAGGAGUAGGUGUGUCGGAUAAAUGGUGCAUUUUCCAACAGCCGUUAGAUUUCAGGUGCUAUUAUUUCCAAACUCUUCUUUGUUUUUGUACAGAGACAACAUUUAGAGAAAACAUGUUAAUAUUCUAGGUGAAACUGACUCUUUGAUACCUUUUUUCUGUUCAUGGAUGAAAAAUGUCUACUUUUAACAGGAU